AUGCUGUACGCCAAUGAGCCGCACCACUACCUCUCGACGAUGUACUCCGCCGACAAGUAUGGCGUCGUCCUCAACUAUGUCAUCAUGUCCAUUUUCACCACGCACCAUCGCAUGCUGCGUCAAAUCAAGAGCAUACACCAUAUGCGAAUCAAUGGAAACUUGAAGUUGCAUGGUGAAGACCCUUCCAUGGGCUUCCAUGGGUUUCCAUGGGCUUCCAUGAACUUUUAUUACGUCAUUCUUUUGAAUGUGACACCAUCCCUUGACACGAGCAAGUUCCAUGUUCUUGGUCCGCUGAACGUGACGCUGGAUGGAGUUGCACCGGUUAGAAAACUGCAAAACAUCUUUGGCAAUAACUGGCCCAUGCCUCCGAUGGGCCUUAGCCAUGUGACCUACUGCUACAUGGCGCCUGAGAACGAAGCAGAAAUUGCAGCCGUCGCAAAGAAACAAGAUGCGACUUUUCGAAACCAAGCAGUUUGGAAAGAUGGCAACAGAAUCGCCCGUCUGGUGUACCACAAGGAUGGAGCACACACCGAGCUGGAAGGCGAGGUCACCGUUCAACUCGUGAUCGAAGAUGUUAUCGAGGGGUUCCAUGAGGGCAAACGAUUCCUGCAAGUCAUCUACCAGCCCAAAUUGGAAGACCUGCCGGUCAUCCCCAGGCCCGACAGGUUCGACAGCGAUUCGAGCGAGUCUUCAAGCCAGCAAUCGGGCACCCUCGCAUUUACUCUGUCUCAAGUCAAGAAAGAGUGA